AUGGUGCAAAUCAGCGAAGUAAAGGGCAACAGCCGCGAGAACCGCACGGCAGCACACACCCACAUCAAGGGCCUGGGAUUAAGAUCGGAUGGCACAGCAGACAAUCAGGGUUCUGGCUUUGUCGGCCAACAGACUGCGCGCGAGGCAUGUGGCGUCGUUGUCGACCUGAUCCGAUCGCACAAGAUGGCAGGCAGGGCAGUCUUGCUGGCCGGCGGCCCCGGCACCGGCAAGACGGCGCUUGCGCUCGCCAUCAGUCAGGAGCUGGGCACAAAGAUACCUUUCUGCCCGAUAGUUGGCAGUGAGAUCUACUCGACCGAAGUGAAGAAGACCGAGGUGCUGAUGGAGAACUUCCGCCGGGCGAUUGGUCUCAAGGUCCGCGAGACGAAGGAGGUGUAUGAGGGCGAGGUCACGGAGCUCACGCCUGAGGAGGCCGAGAACCCGCUAGGUGGCUACGGCAAGACUAUCAGCACUCUGUUGAUUGGCCUCAAGAGCGCAAAGGGUCAGAAGAAGCUGAGGCUGGACCCGAGCAUAUACGAGGCGAUACAGAAGGAGCGCGUCACCGUUGGUGAUGUCAUAUACAUUGAGGCCAACACGGGCGCCUGCAAACGGGUGGGCAGGUCUGAUGCGUACGCGACCGAGUUCGAUCUCGAGGCGGAGGAGUAUGUCCCCAUACCGAAGGGCGAAGUGCACAAGAAGAAGGAGAUUGUUCAAGAUGUGACUCUGCAUGACCUGGAUGUCGCCAACGCGCGGCCACAGGGAGGCCAAGAUAUCAUGUCAAUGAUGGGUCAACUCAUGAAGCCCAAGAUGACUGAGAUCACUGACAAGCUGCGAGGCGAGAUCAACAAGGUCGUGAGCAAGUACAUCGACCAGGGUGUUGCUGAGCUUGUGCCCGGUGUCUUGUUCAUUGACGAGGCGCACAUGCUCGACAUUGAGUGCUUUACCUACUUAAAUAGGGCACUGGAGUCGUCGAUCUCGCCCAUAGUCGUCCUGGCGUCAAACCGCGGCAUGACCAAGAUUAGGGGGACUGAUGACCUUGUGGCAGCUCAUGGAGUCCCACCCGACUUCCUUGCCCGUCUGCUCAUCAUCCCAACGAUGCCCUACGAUGCCGAAGAGAUCAAGCGCAUUGUCAAGCUCAGAGCCAACACCGAGGGCGUUGCAAUCUCGGAAGCAGCCAUUGAAAAGAUUGCAGAGCACGGCGUCCGUAUCAGCCUGCGAUACUGUUUGCAGCUGCUGUAUCCGUCGAGCAUUCUUGCGCGGGUCAAUGGCCGCAAGGAAAUCGACGUCAAGGACGUCGCCGAGUGCGAGGAAUUAUUUCUCGAUGCACGACGAAGCGCCUCCUUACUGGCUAGUGGAGACACCGCCAGCGGAUUCAUCCUUAGACGCAAAUUGGAGAACAAACGGCACCAGACGGGAGGCCAAUUUCCCAUUGUCCAGGACGUGAGACAGGGAGAAAGGGAAUAG